GGAAGGAAGAAAGAAAGGAAGAAAGAAAGAAAGAAAGGAACAAAGAAACAAAGAAACAAAGAAAGAACAACUUUAAAAGUCACAGAUGGAAGAAUCCUUAGACAUCAUCAUCAAUACCUUCCACAAGUACUCUGUAAGAAGGGGAGACCGUGACACCUUGAACAGGAAGAAAUUCAAACAAUUUAUGAUUGAGGAGAUGCCAAAAUCUUUCAAGAAAGAGGAAGAGAAAGAGAAAAUCAUAAAUGACAUGAUGAAAGAAGUCGACACAAAUUAUGACGGUCAGGUGGACUUCAAUGAAUUUGUAGCUCUGAUAGGAAAUAUAUUGAAAACAAAGCAUGAGGAGAGCCAUGAAAAUGCAUCCUCAAGUGUCCAUGGCCAGGGUUCCAGCAAUGGACCAAACCUCUAAGAGGAUGACCAUGGCAGCUUUCUCAGCAGCUAAUCAGAAGACCAAGCUGCUUCAACCUGGCCAACCAAACAUAUUUACAGUACCAUGCCACACAGCAUUACUUAUAAAGCUCUGAAACAAAGAACAAUAAAGUUGCCAUUCCACUGCC